AUGACGAUAGCGGUGAAGACGACGAAGAUGAGGAUUGUGAUUUUGUGUGGGAAAGAUCUGCUUUUGACGCUUUUGAAAGCAUGGAAGAUGAACAAUGACACUGUGCAGGCAACUUUAAAUGGUAUUUUGCAGGAAAUGGGUGGAGAAAUUGUUGAAUUGCCUUGCAAGUUUGAAGACGAUACUGACACUCAACUCAAUGAUUGUGACGAUGAUAGUCAGGUAUCUAGAUGUACCUACACAUUUACCUUCUCAAGAUUUAAUAACAAGAUUUUGUCUGAAAAAGAGAUUGCAUUUGGUACAGUUGUUCAGACGAAACCGUCACUGUACUCGUAUUUUUGUGGGGAAUUAUUUAGGCAAAGAACAAUCGCUUGGCGUGUGCUAACAGAAACUGAGUCAACCGUUACCAUGUAUGCAUAUCAUUGCGAAUCUGGCGACUUUUUGCCCACUGUGUUUGUUCACGCAUCUGUCAAAGUAAUAGCACAAGAAUGCACUUUUAGUUGUACGUGCCUAACAUUUUCAACAAAUCUCUCGCCAAACGAAAAUGCUACAACAUCUACCUGCUGUCAUUGCCAAUUAUUGAAGGAAUUGCAUGUCGGCGAAGUUUCAACAUCCUUCGUCAAUAUGUCAAAAUUAAAAGAAGCGAAACAAUUACAUCAAGUUAAAGUGUUAAAACUUCCCUCAAAGGACGGCACUGACAAGUUCUCUGUAGCGGUUGAUGGUGUUCAAACUGAAUUCGUGACAUUGUUUCAUGUAUCUCGAACCGGAAAGACUAUCGUAAGGUGUCAUUCGUCAAGAUGUCAACGGGAGCAAGGUUCUUGUAGAGAUAUCAAGCGACUCUCGAGCAAUGCUGCACUUUGUCCUCAUUUGUCUGCGUUUCGAUCGUUUUAUACUCAACAAGUACGCCUCUCUUGCGAAGAGCUUGAUGUAAAUAGUGAAGAGGAGGAUAAUUUACAUGAAGAUGUCGAAGAGGACUACACACUCAUGGAGGCCGAUUGGGGAAAGGUAUUUGAUGUUGACACUGGACUGUGGAAUUUUGCACCGUCUUCUCCGAGUCAAGAAACAGUCGACGUAAAUCGUUAUAGCGAAAAAAACAUAUACGACGUAAGAAAACGAUGGAGUACAGGUUUGACAGAACUGGUGUUUGUUCCCGACAUAGGUUCAAACAAAUGUGAAGCUGGUUGGACUUCCUCUGAAAAUGAAAACGGUGUUGUUGUAUUUUCACACUAUAGCAAUCUAUUUACAGACAGAGGUGUGCGAAAAUGUAAAAUUUACCGUCGGACUUGUUUACUCAACAAUUGUUCAAAGCGAUGGGAUGGUGCGAGUGAUUCGAUAUUUCAAUUGUCACAUGCUACCUGUGCUGGAUAUGAGUUAGGUUGGCAGUUUGUUGACAGUGUUGUCAAUUCAAAAAUGACAUUUAGCGGUUUUGUUUCCUGCUGUCAAGAAAAAUGUAAAAUACUUGACUCAUACUUCAUGAAUGUUAACACAUUUAUUAAUUGGUUUUUUGGCUGGGCAUCCAGAAUGCGUAUCGAUUUUCGUCAACUUUGUCCUGGAUGUGAUGGGCCUUCCCCGUUUCUAGCAUGUGAUGGCACUAAGAUUGGUUUGACAUUCAAAAAUUUAUGUGUCGAACCGAUUGAAAAGGCAACAAAGGAAGCACCAACAAAUGUAAAAAAAAGAAAAUAUCGAUUGGAUUACGUCAAGCGUAUGUGGCAGUAUUUAAACUGUUAUCCUACGAUUCAUGCAUCGAUGCCUUAAUCCCGUUAAAAAUUUGUGACGAAUUUAUGGCAUUUCUAGAAUUAUGUGAACUAAAUUCUAGUACGGACGAAUUAAAAAUCAGUUUUAUACAAAAAAUGCGCCAUUACAACUGCGAAAUCGCUACGUUGCUGUCUGUGACUGAACCGGGAACAGAUGUUAUCCAACUUUUCUUUUAUUGCUGCACCCUAGUAAAAAAAGUACACGAAGACAAUAAUGACGCGGUUGCUGCUGCUCCAUUGGAAAAUACUUAUAAUCCACCUCGGUUUGGAGUGCUUACUAUUUCACAGAGCAUGGUAAGCAGCUGCGAGAAGUACGAAGUUUCCCAGUGGACACUAAAGAUCGGCAAAAUUUUGACGACACGUCAGAUGAAAUCUGUCAAAAACAAUUUCUACAAGUUAGCAAAAAGGGUACUUCGUAUCUCUUUUUGUGGUUUUGCCCAAAACAUGGACAUUGCCUUGGUUUUCAUAUUAUUCCUGGAUCUGAAGGGCGCAAAGAUCCGGCAGCACCAUU